CUUACAAGCCGCUAGCUAAUUCACGCCAGGCGCCGGCCGCGUCUUGUCGGGUCCUUACAAGCGCUGCAGAGCGUACGCAUCAUAUUAGAGUAGCGCAUCGCUGCCGCAGUUCAACUAAGUGCCAGCCGCGCAGCGCUAGUGCCGCAAUAGGUUGCUGCGACCCUCGCUCUACGCCGUCGGCGCAGCGCUCCGAAGAUGCUGCUGCUCGCAUGGCUCAUCACUAGCGUCGACGCAACUUGCAAUCCGGAGGGUUUUGAUCCAAAGAACGCAAAUCUAGACAUGGCGCGCUGGCGCGUGCACGCGAAUCCACCAGUAGACACCGCACGAACGAACAGAGCCUUCGGCGCCUACAAGUUCAGCGCGUCCGACGGGAGAGAAACGUUCCCCGUGGCCUUCGGCAUGGUCGAGGGCUGGCCGUGGCCCCACCGCUGCGACCCGGCGAAGUAUCGAAGACUGCACGCCACUGUUAAAUUCAGAAACACGGACGUCGCCGUGGCGUCCUAUCCCAAGACGGGCACGACCUGGGUCGAGCAGAUCGUACUAUUACUAUUGCAUGGUGCCGACGCCAAAUUAGACCCAGCUUCGAGAAAUACGUACAACGCGCGGCGGAACCCCCUCGGGUGCGUGUGGCUGGAGCCCAUGGUCGCGUCGGCUCGAAGGGCGCGCAUGUCGCUGAACCAGUUCGCCGAUUUGCCGGCGCCGCGCGUGCUCAAGUCCCACGCGCCCUUCGACGCGUUUCUAGGAACGCGCGGCAGUACGGACAACGCUUCGUUGGCGAACCUGCGCCAGACCGGUUUGAAGGUCAUUUACGUCGCGCGGAACCCGAAGGACGCGGCCGUGUCCAUGUACUUCCAGCGGGCGCCUUUGCCGGGCAAAAGGAACAAUAUCAAGCGUAGGAUGCCCAUGGACGCGUGGUGCGCCUUAUACACAAAGGGCUACGUGUCGUGCGGCGCCUUCGUCGACCAUGUGGCCCGGUGGCACGCCGUUUCAAAAGCAGUGGAGUCUCCUGUGUUAUUUGUGACGUAUGAAGAGCUGAAGCAGAAUCCUGCCAAGGGCGUCCGGAAGAUUGCCGAUCAUCUCGGUCUGGAGCGUUCUGAUGAGGAUAUAAAUGCUGUGGUCAAAUUGUCCUCCUUCGACGCCAUGGCCGCGCAAGCCCGCAAGGCCCCGCGGCCCGGCGACGCGCGCAACGCGAAAUACGCGACUCUUACAAACGGCGCCGUCGACGCGAAGUCCGCUUCUUCUCACCUGCGCCAGGGCGGCGCGGGCACGUGGGUCCAGCACUUCUCGCCGUUGUUAUCGAAGCAGUUCGACGCGGCGUAUCAAUCAACGAUGGCCGUCGCGGCGGCGAGGCUGGGGGGCCCUCCGCCGGCGUUCGACUUCGGGCAUGGGUGUGUGAUGUGA